AUGACCUGGCCCGGAGAACUCUCCAGCCUUAUAAAGCAGCAGAGGAUACGCCAGCCACCGCAGUGGAGAAGGGUGCCAGCUCCGAAGCGGUUACCUCUCAGCUACAGAGCCGGCUCCGAGGCGUGUUAUCGUCUUCGUCCCUACCGACGAGGAAGGGCAAAGCUCCAAGAAAACACCCCCGAGCGGCACUUUCCGCCCCAGCAUCGCACACUCUCUCCUCCUCGUGUCCGACUGCAGGGACUGACGGGUCCCCGACGCGGGGCCCCCCCCACCCGAAAGCCGUCGCUGCUCGUCACCCUGCUCACCGGGAGCCCCGUUAUUACCGACACGGCUGCGGUCAAACCGGGGGAGGGCUGUGAGAAAAAGCCAGGGAUUACUGUUAGGAAAAGGUGUUUCACUCCUGUUCUAUUUUUUUUCACUAUUUUGGGGUUGUUUGCUUUCUUUUUUUUUUGGUUUUUUUUUUUUUUUAGCACCCCAUCUCUACUUCCAAGCACCCUCCAGCAGCCAGCGAGGACUCUCACUUACUGUAGCUUGCGGAAUGGAAAGAGGAAAAGCGUGAAGGCCGUCGUCAGUCGGUUUCUCCGGCUGCACAAUGGCCUUUGGGUUAGGAGAAAGGCUGGUUAUAAGAAGAAGCUGUGGAAGAAGUCAGCCGCUCAGAGGAAGCGUUUGAGAGAGCUGACGUUGUGCAAUAGAACGCAAUGCAAGCUCCUCGAUAAAAUGACCACUUCUUUCUGGAAGAGAAGAAAUUGGUAUGUUGAUGAUCCCUACCAGAAGUACCACGAUCGCACGAAUCUUCGCGUGUAGAAAUCUUGGCGUCAUUUUUGCAUUUCUCUAGGAAAGAGGUGGCAGUACUUACGGUCUUAAUUUUAGAACAUAAAUCUGUAAUACCUGUUACUUUUCUAAAUAAACAUGCCUGUCAUCUGCUCAGAAUUGUGGCUGUCAAUGUGCAAAAUAAAGGAAUAUUCAAGGUAAUCUUGAGCUGCAAUUUGU